ACUAAUGGGUUUUGUUGCUGACUGACCCUUGCUAAGUUGUUAACUCAUAAGCUAGACAGACCUCUUUAUCAUUAAUCAUCACUGAAGCUAUCUUCUUGGAAAGCUUACUGCUAAAUAGGCGUCGAAAUAUAGUGGUUCGCAGAUUCUGAGCGACUCCAUGCUUCUUCUCAAAAGAAUCCGAUGACGUCGCCAGACAUCGGUCGGCGACGCGCUAUACAACAGCGUUCCAUCCCGAUUCAACAAACAACGUCCCAUGGCUGAAUUGUUGAACUCAAUCACUAUUCUUUAUUGGAUUUGAUUGCUGUUCUUCAUCAAACAGGACGGCGGUAAUUGACGCAUUUUCUAUCCCAGCCGUGCUUUACCCCGCAGCCACGCGAAAACCAUCAAAAGACGCCUCUUUACGUUCCAUAGGCAGAGGGUAGCUAUUCACCAUGGCCCCCAAACGAAAAGCACAGGUUGAGCAGGAGGAAAACUUUCAGUCAUCCUCCAAAUGCGAUGCCAGAACAAGAGAAGCCAACACCCGACAUCGGCAUGGUUUUGGCUCUUACCCACCCUCCAAAGUCUAUCGUCUUAUCGAGCCCGGCCCAGUGCUGCUGGUCACGACAGGCUCACUAGCCGACUCAACACACAAUGUGAUGACUAUUGGAUUCCACAUGGUUAUGCAGCACGAGUCACCGCCUCUAAUCGGCAUCACCGUCGGCCCAUGGGACGUGUCGUUUGCUGCCCUGAAGAAACACCGCGAGUGUGUGCUUGCUAUCCCAUCUGUUGAGAUGGCUGGUGUUGUUGUCGAUGUUGGGAACUGUUCUGCCGGCGACGACGAUAUAACAAGCAAAUGGGAGCGUUUUGGGCUGGAUGCGCUAUCUGCAGAUAAAGUCAAGGCGCCGCUGGUGGGAGGUCCUGACAUUAUUUCUAACAUUGAGUGUGUGGUCGAGGAUACAAAAAUGGUUAGUAAAUACUCCUUGUGGGUGUUGAGACCGGUCAGGGCAUGGAUCAACCCAGAAAGGAAACCUGGAGAGGGCGGCAAGAUGUUUCACCAUCGUGGUGAUGGGACGUUCGUCGUCGAUGGUGAUAUUUUGGAUUUGCAGGACCGCAUGGUGAAAUGGCAAGAGUUUCAAGAUUGAUUUAUUUUGACCGUCAAAUAUCUAAAAUAAAGUCUCAUGAUAAUUCAUUGAUAUACGCAUAUAUAUGGCCAGACUUGAAUUCUCUAUUGGAAUU